GGCCGUUGUCGUUAGACCGUUUGAAAGGGAAUCGUUCGAACGGCAACAGGGUCGGUCUGCAGGGGAGGGUCAUGUCAUUGCUUGACCACCUGACGGCCAGCUUGGCGACCUCCGAUCUGCAGGCCUUAUUCCGGGCCUUGCACGUAGUCGGACACUAACCUUCUCCGCACUUCUCGGUCUCUCUCUCUCUCUCUCUCUCUUUUUCGCCCUGAUGGAGGUGGACGCAGGGGUGAGUAAGAUACUGCGGCGGAAUGAAUCGGAGAUUCCCCAUGAGGUCUCUGCACGCGAUUUCCCUCCGAACUUCAUCUUUGGUGUUGCCACUUCUGCCUAUCAGGUUGAAGGUGCUGCUAGCGAAGGUGGAAGGGGUGACAGUAUCUGGGAUGUCUUCUCACACACAAAGGGCAAAAUCUUAGAUGGGAGUAAUGGGGAUGUUGCUGUUGAUCAAUACCACCGCUACCAGGAGGAUGUUGAACUUAUCGCGAAAUUGGGAUUUGAUGCAUAUCGGUUUUCCAUAUCUUGGCCUCGAAUUUUUCCUGAUGGCUUUGGAAAGGUCAAUCUGGAAGGAGUUGCUUAUUAUAAUAAGCUUAUAGAUGCCCUCCUUGAGAAAGGCAUUCAACCAUUUGUAACAUUGUAUCAUUGGGAUCUGCCUCAAAAACUUCAUGAGACAACAGAAGGAUGGCUUAAGAAAGAUAUUGUAUGUUACUUUGCAUCUUAUGCAGAAACUUGCUUUUCUGUAUUUGGGGACAGAGUGAAAUAUUGGAUUACUCUCAAUGAGCCCCUUCAGACUGCUGUAAAUGGUUAUUGUACUGGUGUAUUUGCUCCUGGAAGAUGCUCCGACAGAAAAUGGAGCAGCUAUGGUGACUCUUCUACUGAACCAUAUUUGGUUGCACACAACCAACUUCUUGCCCAUGCAAAAGCUGUUGAUGUCUACAGAAAGAAAUUCAAGGACACUCAAGGUGGUGUUGUUGGCAUGUCAGUGGAUUGUGAAUGGUCGGAGCCUUUAACAGAUGACUUAAUUGACAAGGCUGCUGCUCAGAGGCGCUUAGACUUCCAUCUUGGAUGGUAUUUGGAUCCAAUAUAUUUUGGACGCUAUCCUGAAAGCAUGAUCAAGAAACUCGAGCAUCGUCUUCCAAAGUUCACAGAUGAUGAAAUUGCUUUAUUACGGAAUUCUAUUGACUUUGUUGGGCUUAAUCACUAUACAACAAGAUACAUAACAUCUUCUAUGAGUUCUGAGGAGAACACAUUUUACUAUGAUCAAGAGAUGGACCGGAUAGCUGAAUGGAAAGGUGUUACCAUCGGUGAUAGGGCUGCCUCUGAAUGGCUCUAUGUUGUUCCUUGGGGCAUUGGGGAAGCUGUCAAUUAUAUCACAAAGAGAUAUGGAAAACCUCCUAUAUAUAUUACUGAGAAUGGUAUGGAUGAAGAAGACACUGGUACGUCAUCUUUGCAAGAGGUUUUAAAUGACUCUGAAAGGAUUGCUUACUUUAAAGGUUACCUUGCCUCCGUUGCACAGUCAAUCUGGAACGGCUGUGAUGUUCGUGGCUAUUUUGCUUGGUCUUUACUGGACAACUUUGAGUGGGCUCAGGGAUACACAAAGCGCUUUGGCAUAGUUUAUGUGGAUUACAAGAAUGGACUUUCCCGGCAUCCCAAAUCUUCAGCUCACUGGUUUGCAGAUUUCCUGAAGGAUCGCAAAAGUGCUGUAUAGGUGGAAUCAUAACCUAAAAAAUGGAAACAGUGAGACCUCAGACGUACCCCCAUCAGAGGACAAUUGGUUCAGUACUAAUAUUGCCUUAUGGACAACUCUUUCACAACUCCUUUGCCAUAAUUUUCUCUUUUUUGUAAUCCCAUCAGCAAUGGUUGCAGUUUGGUCAUAAUUCAAAACCAAUUACACUUUCA